AUGGCGGCAUUGUUUUCGUGUCAAAAGCAAAGAAACGUCAAAAAUGUUAUUUCUAAAGUUAUGAUGUAUAAAAAGUCAGAAUUCGUAAUUCCAAAAUAUCUUUUGAUUAGUGUUGUAUUUCUACUUUUUCUUAUUUUAUGGUCUAACUUUUUUCGUGGAUUCCAGACAUGGCUGCCACUGAAAAACUUUCAAAAUGUUGUCGAAAGUACGGGAAUCGGGAUUGGUCUGCUUGGAUUACGAAACCCAGCACAAGCCAGUCCAUUUAUUCCAUAUCAUGGAGACACUUCUUUAGCUCGUAGAAUAAGGCAUCAUGUUCCAAUUAAUGCAGAUGUAAAGAAAGAAGCUGUUGCAGCUCUUCACAUAGCUUUAGAAUUAAAAGAACAGAAUAAAAAUGAAAAGGCAUUGAAAGUACUACAGCAUGCAAUCAAAUUAGAUCCGUUCCAUGCAGACAUAUUGAUAGCAUAUGGUGAAUUAGUAGAACAACAUGAAUCAGAUAUUGUGACGGCUGAUAUGAUGUAUAAUAGGGCCUUAAUAGUUAGUCCUAAACAUAAACAAGCCUUGGAAAAUACAGAGAGAACUAAGCCCAUUGUAGAAGAAAUUGACCAAAAGCGAUUUAAUAGAAUUGAUAAAAAAAGAGACCGUUUGUAUAAAGUGCCCUCAAAUCAUCCCGGAUUGAGAAGAAUGAAGCAAGAAGCUUAUUUCUCUCAUAUCUAUCAUACUAAUGCUAUUGAAGGAAAUACAUUAACUCUGUCUCAAACUAGAUCUAUUGUUGAAACUCGGAUCGCCAUUGGUGGGAAAAGUUUAGCUGAACAGAAUGAAGUGCUAGGUCUAGACGCUGCCUUGAGAUUUGUAAAUAGUACAUUAUUAGGUGCCAUAGGACAGUUAACUGUUGAUAAUCUAUUAGAAAUCCAUAGAAGAGUUUUAGGAUUUGUGGAUCCCACAGAAGCAGGACGAUAUAGGAAAACUCAAGUCUUUGUAGGUGAUUUUACUCCUCCACCUCCAGAAGAUUUGGAUAUUUUAAUGGACCAGUUUCUAGAAUGGUUGAAUUCUGAAGAAACGCUAAGUUUACAUCCCAUAGAACUUGCUGCUUUAGCACAUUAUAAGUUAGUUAUAAUUCAUCCUUUCUACGAUGGAAAUGGACGCACUUCAAGGUUGUUAAUGAAUUUAAUUCUCAUGCAGGCUGGUUUUCCUCCAGUUUCUAUAGAAGUUCAGGAUAGACAAAGAUAUUAUGAGUUUAUAGACACUGCUAAUAAUGGUGAUAUACGUCCAUUUAUACGUUUUAUAGCAGAAUGUACUGAAAGAACUGUUGAUCAGUUUUUAAUCUCCACAUUAGAGAGUUCCUCGUUACAAGUUUUGAAUAAAACAAAUCGUGAUAGAGUUAUUGUUUUAAAUAGUGAAGAAGAUGAUUUAUGA